GCGGGGCCGGCCGGGAGCGGCUCGCGCGGCCCCGAGUGGCGGAGUAGCAGGUGAGGCCCUGGGGGUCCCGGGGGUAAGGAAGCCUGGGGCAUGGGACCGGUGGGCUGACCGCGCCGGACUGAGGCUCAGGGAAGACCACCCGGAAUCCCAGCAGAGACCCCCCGGGAUGCUCUGGGCAUGGCCUCUGGAGCCCCCCAGCAGAGCAGCCGGCCAGCAGAGGAGAUCCCAGGCUUCCUGGACGCCUUCCUCUGCGACUUCCCAGCGCCGCUGAGUCUAGAGAGCCCUGUGCCAUGGAAGCUCCCGGGGACAGUGCUGAGCCAGGAGGAGGUGGAGGGAGAGCUGGCCGAGCUGGCGAUGGGCUUCCUGAGCAGCAGGAGCGCCCCGCCACCACUUGCCUCAUCUCUGGCCCACGAGGCGGUUUCCCAGCUGCUACAGACAGACCUUUCCGAAUUCAGGAAGUUGCCCAGGCAGGAGGAGGAGGAGGAAGAGGAUGACGAGGAAGAGAAGGCCCCUGUGACCUUGCUGGAUGCCGGGGACCUGGCACGAAGUUUCUUUAACCGGCUCUGGGAAGUGUGCAGCCAGUGGCAGAAGCAGGUGCCCUUGACCGCGCGGGUUCCUCAGCGGCAGUGGCUGGUCUCGGUGCAUGCCAUCCGGAACACCCGCCGCAAGAUGGAGGACCGGCACGUGUGCCUGCCCGCCUUCAACCAGCUCUUUGGCCUGUCCGACCCCGUGGACCGAGCCUACUUCGCUGUGUUCGAUGGUCACGGCGGGGUGGACGCUGCUCGGUUCGCUGCCGUGCACGUGCACACCAACGUUGCCCGCCAGCCGGAGCUGCACGAGGACCCCGCCCGAGCCCUCAGAGAAGCCUUCCGGCGCACCGAUGAGAUGUUUCUCUGGAAAGCCAAGCGAGAGCGGCUGCAGAGCGGCACCACAGGGGUGUGUGUGCUCAUCGCCGGAAAGACCCUGCACGUCGCCUGGCUCGGGGACUCCCAGGUCAUCCUGGUGCAGCAGGGACAGGUGGUGAAGCUGAUGGAACCGCACAGACCUGAGCGACAGGACGAGAAGGAGCGCAUCGAGGCCCUGGGCGGCUUCGUGUCUCACAUGGACUGCUGGAGAGUCAACGGGACCCUGGCCGUGUCCAGAGCCAUCGGGGACGUCUUCCAGAAGCCCUACGUGUCAGGGGAGGCGGACUCAGCCUCUCGGGAGCUGACGGGCUCCGAGGACUACCUGCUGCUGGCCUGUGAUGGCUUCUUCGAUGUUGUCCCCCACCAGGAGGUCGCUGGCCUCGUCCAGAGCCACUUGGUCAGGCAGCAGGGCAGCGGGCUGCAGGUUGCCGAGGAGCUGGUGGCUGCAGCCCGGGAGCGGGGCUCCCACGACAACAUCACAGUCAUGGUGGUCUUCCUCAGGGACCCCCGAGACCUACUGAAGGGUGGGGCCCAGGGGGCAGGGGAUGUGCCCUCUGGCCUCUCAGAGCCAGAGACCAACACUCCCCAGAGAAGCUAGGAGGUGCAGGCCCCCUGCCCCCACCCCAUGCCCCUCCCCCUCAGACGCCUUAGGACCUGGCUGGCCGAGGUGGGCAGGCGGGUGCCCCCCUCACAGUACUUUCCCUGGGCCCCGAUUCCCCUGUGCAGCUUGCGUCAGUCCAUCCUGGCGGCUGUGGAACUGCACUGGGUUGGGGGGGUUGUUAUUUAUGCCCUGCUCGCGCAGGCGGUGGGAUGGCCCGGAUCCCCGAAGGAGGCCUAGGGAAGAGACCUCACCAAAGAGAAGAUGACCCGGGAAGUGGAGCAGCUCUUCUCCCAGGCCCACUGGGUAGGGGCAGGACCAGAGGCCACAGGCGCAGGCCCGCAGCCAGACCAAAGAUGCCGGGCACACGCAUGGGGCAGCUGGGCGCUGCAUGUGAGGCCCCGGGCAGACCCAGGGGCGAUGGACAUUUCCAAGUGUAUCCUGGAUGUCCAGCACAGGUUUCUCAUUGGCUCCCCCCUGGCCGCAGCUAGGAGGACUCCUCUCUGUAGAUGCGUCUGGCUGGUCCUGGCCUGCCAAGCCGACUUCCCAGAGCGGGAAGAGCGGCCCCGUUGGGAAGGAGGGAGCACCAGGAAUCUGGUCUGCGGUGGGCCCUCGCGGCCCCAGCCUCCCCGGUCCCCUCCCAGCCCGCACACAUCCAGGGAGGGGAAGGUCAGAGAAAUGACACGUGUGUUUUUUGUUUGUGGUCUUUUUCUUCCCGCAGGGAAGUCUGACUCAGAAGCAGUAUUUCAGGUUUUUGUCCUUGUUUCGUCAGUGCCAAGUUGACCUUGUGUCACAUAACUUAAGCAGCAGAGCUUAGCAUUUAUUUUAUUCUUAGGAAACUUAAGUAUUAAUUUUUUUUUAGAAGAAACUUCUUUUGCAGUAUUACUGAAUUUUUUUUUUCCUAAAUCAGGAUUGAAACAAAAACUUUUCCAGGUGGUGUUAAUAAGCCAUUCAAGUGCCUUAAACAGCUUUAGGUAAGGCUAGAACCUGGGACGGGUUCGGACUGGGACGGACUCUACUAGGCAUGUUUCCGUUUUUACAAAAGCAGGAUUUAUUUUGUUAUAGUGGCAUGAUUUUGGCUAGAAUUCUUCCCGGAUGAGUUCCUUCCGCCUCUUGUGAUUCCAUUUGCUGCUGACACUUAGCAAAGCAGCCCCUAAGAGCAUAGGCUGUGCUGUGUGGCCUGGGCCAGAUCGCAGGGCUCUGAGAGUUCGGGGUGACCCGGGCCCCACACCAGCCUCCCUCCACACCUUGGCCCUGCUGCUCAUGUCUCUGGCUGGUGCCCAGGCUGAGGGACUGGGUGAGCGCCGUGAAGCGGGCUCCUCGUUUGACUGGAAUGUCCUAGAAGGUCUUGUGUUAGUAAUCAAAUUGGUUUCAUUGGGAAGCACACUUAGAGGCCCUGGCGAGUCCCGAAGCAGCACGGGGCGGGGGGGAGGGGGGCUUAGGCUGUUUGGAGCCUAUCCUGCCUACCUGCCCCAUGGCCACCAAAACCCUUCCUCCUGUCUCCCGCCUGCCACGGCUGGCCCCCUCUGCCACCUUGCUCUGCCCACAGCCCAACACCUGGGGAGAGCUCUACAUUCCCUGGCAUGCUGUGGGCAGGGGAGGCUCGGGAGCCACAAAACUUGGGUGACUCGGGCUACUCCUAUCCGGUGAGGCAGAUAUAGCAUGGGUGUCCAGUUGGAAGUGGCAGGGCUGGGUGUAGAGUCCAGGCAGAGGCCAAGGGCCCAGAGAGAGGGGUGUCUGGGGGAAGGACUCAGGCCUCCAGGUCUGAGAACACCAGUGGGAGGCUUAGCUGAGGCUUCUGGAGAAUGUCACUGGGAGGCGGGCAGCAGGAGGAAGCUUGGCCCCAGGCCCCAGCUAGGAGAGGGCAGAGAGGACCCUGAUCCCAGUGCACCGAGGGGGGCCCUGCCAAAGAGGCGGUGGGUAGUGGGAGCCUCGGUGGCCCUCGUCAGCCCAGGGAAGCCCCCCUCCCGGCCCCCCGUCCAGGCAAGUGGGCCCUGCAGCAGAAAGGGAGGGAGGCAGCUCAGGGCAGGCGGUGGGGCAGUGGGAGAUGCCCCCACAGGCUCUGAGUUUAACCCUCACUCCCACGGCAGGGCCCAAGCAGCUCAGGUGAUCCGGGCGGUGCCACGGCCCGAGGCUCAUUAUGGAAAGCAUCUUAAACAUGGUCACCACAAUUCAGAGGUUUGGUGGGAGCCAACAGUGACCUAGUAUUGCCCCACUUAAUCUGAAAGCCCUGCUGCUUUCUGGGGUUCUGAAGCCCCCUCUUUGGCCCUUCCCAGCACAAGGCUGGCAAGAGGCAGCAUGUGGCCCAGCCCUUCACUGCCGGCCUGGCUGCCCCUGGGCAUGAGCUUAGCAGAGGGAGGAGACGUGGACUUCUGUUGUUCUCCUUUCUUUGCCAGUCUGAUUCCGUGAUUGCCACCAAAAGUGGGGCUUCACCCGUGGAGCCUGGAUCUCACCAUGUAGCGGCCUGAUUCAUGCCCUGGCUCCAAGCUCUACCAGGAGAUCUCUGCAGGCUUGUCCCAGUGACCACCCCCCUCUGGCAGAGGCUUCCGUGGUCUGGUGCCGCUCACCCUUGCCUUGGGGUGAGGGGGCCCCUGUUCCUCCUGCACGGACACCGGCUCUGUGUAAGCACCUAGGCAUAGAGGUCUCUUUCCUCUUGCCCGGGGCUGGACUGGGAACCACUGGGCGUCUUCAGCCUCUGAAAGGCCUGGCCCACCUCCUUUUCAGACCACAGCCCCAUAAAGGCCCCUAACUGGGACCUCAGGUCUGGAAGCCUCGAUCCCCUUCUCAAAUCCUAGCUUUGCCACCAGCUCGUUGUAUGAGCUGAGCCAAGUCAUGGAGCCUUCCUGGGCCUCGGUGUCUCCUCUCUAGGGCACAGGGUUGCGCUGAAUCUGUGAUGCCGGAGGUUUGGGGGCUCCCCGGGGCAAGCCUGGUGCGGCCUAGGGAGCUGCUGCCAGUGCCGCGGGAGCCCUCCCCGACUGCUAGCAGGGAGGGGUGAUUAAGUGUUAUUAGUGUCUGUUCUUACAGUUAAGUGGGCUGGAAAAGAACGGAGCUGUAGAUGUUAGCCCCGCAUACGGAACACGGAAGCUCCCAGAGCAGGCCCUGUGGUAGGGCUGACUCUGAGCCAGCAGGGGCGGGGCAAGCAGGCAGGCUCAGCUCCCUCCCUCCGCCGGUGUGAGGCAGGGGGGCAUGGAGAGGGGCAGGGCACAGCUGGGCUCUCCCUGACCCAGCUUGUCCUCAGCACCCAGGACGAGGAAAGGGGUGUGCUUUAGGGGGGACGGUGACGGGGGCAGGCCCCACUGGAGGCGCACAGGCUCUCUGAAGUCCCGAGCCCGCCUUGGGCCACAGCCCUCUCUCCUCCUCCCCUCCCCAGUCAGCGCUCCGCCCUCACCCCUUCCCCUGCACUGCCAGUUUGGAGUCCCGGGCACAGGUGGCCCGGCUACCUCAGCAGUAUUCCCGGGGCCUGGGGUACCGCGCCGGAGGUCCCUCGGCCCGGCCCUGACAAGGGCUCAAUGGAAACCUGCUGGGCCUGUGCAAAAUAAGCUGAUUUGGGUUUGAUUCUGCCUGUAGCCCAAGAGAGGCAGCCCCAGGAGGCCUGUGCUUUUCGCCGAGGCUCCGCAGCUUUGCCAAAUGCGCCGAGCUUUGCCAUUCAUGCGCCAUGCCAGCCUUGCCAAGGGUUUAUCUGUGCACGUCUCGGCAGGGCUCCUGGGAGGGGUGUUCUCUGCAGGGGGCGUCUUGUCCCGAGAUGGGAUGGCUGUCUCCCCUGUCUGCAGGUAUGAGUUCCAGGAUGAGGGGGCCAGAAACUCGGUCUCCUCCCAGGGGGCACUGUGCUCACGUGUCAAUAAACCACGAGUUCUGAAACCCUG